CAUGUUAGAAGAUAGUAACUUCAACCUUCUACUAUAAAUACCCAUCCAUUGUAAGUUUGUAACAGACCAUAAGCAACAGCAGCCAUGGCCAUACAGAAAUCUCUCCCCCUCGCUUUUCUGCUCAUUUUGCCAGCCUUUCUUCCUUCCCAUGCAAUAUCAGCACCAUCACCAGCACUCCCAGAAGUAGAGGCUCUCAUGAAAUGGAAAGCCAGCCUCUUGUCAGCACAAGCUCUCCAUUCAUGGUCGCUUCCUACUGCUAAUGCUACCACCAACACAAUCUCCCCAUGCAAAUGGAUUGGGAUCUCAUGCAAUGGUUUUGGAAGCAUAACAGGGAUAAGCUUACCAAGUGCAGGCUUGCAAGGUAAGCUUGAUAACUUGAGCUUCCCAUCAUUUCCAAACCUCAUUCGUCUCAAUCUCCAUGGAAACACCCUCACUGGAACCAUCCCAGCCCAUGUUGGCGCUCUUUACAAACUCACGUCUCUCGAUCUGUCUGCAAAUAAUCUUUCUGGCAUUUUACCUCUUUCAAUGGCUAAUCUUAGUCACAUUUCAGAGCUCGACAUCUCAUCUAAUGAAAUAAGAGGCGAAAUAGCUCCAAUUUUUUUCACCAAUUGGACCAAACUCAUCUCCCUUCAGUUAGCGAACAAUCAACUCACUGGAAACAUUCCAUCUCAAAUCAGCUUGCUUACAAAUCUCCAAAUCUUGGGCCUCUGGGGAAAUAAAAUAAGUGGAUCAAUACCUCUAGAAAUAGGGAAUCUUAUGAAUUUGAAUGUGAUAGACUUGUCCAGUAACCAUCUGGAUGGUUUCCUCCCUUCCGCUUUAGGGAACUUGUCCAUGCUCACAAUUUUGAAUUUAUAUGAAAAUCAGAUUUCAGGCACAAUUCCUGCAGAAUUAGGGAAUCUAAAGAGUCUGGUUCUGCUAGAAUUGUACCAAAACAAUCUGACAGGUCCGGUCCCUCCUGCUUUAGGUAAUUUGAGCAACCUUACAAUUUUGUAUCUCUACUUCAACCAAAUUUCUGGUUCGAUUCCUCCAGAAAUAGGGAAUCUGGUUAAUCUCAAGCAUCUUGACAUGACCUAUAACCUUCUAACAGGUUCUAUCCCUUCCACUUUUGGGAACUUGACAAAGCUAACGGUCCUCCAAUUCGCUGACAAUCAAAUUUCUGGUUCUAUUCCUUCAGAAUUUGGGAAUCUGGUUAAUCUCAUGAGGCUUGACAUGUCUGAAAACAUUCUAACAGGUUCCAUCCCUUCCACUUUUGGGAACUUGACCAUGCUAACAAUUUUUUAUUCUUACAAAAAUCAAAUUUCAGGCCCAAUUCCUGCAGAAUUAGGGAAUCUCAAGAAUUUGGCUGAGAUGUCAUUGUUGCAGAACAAUCUUAGUGGUCCAAUCCCUCCUGCUUAUGGUAAUUUGACCAUGCUCAGAAUUUUCUCUUUAUACAAAAAUCAGAUUUCAGGCACAAUUCCUACAGAAUUAGGGAAUCUGUUUAAUCUCAUAAGGCUUGAUCUAUCCGACAACCUUCUAACUGGUUCUAUCCCUUCCACUUUAGGAAACUUGUCCAAGCUUACUUUAUUAUCCCUCUUUUACUGUCAAUUAUCUGGUUCCUUGCCUCAAGAAAUUACAAACAUGACAAAUCUUGAUAAACUCUACUUGAAUGGCAACAAUUUCUCGGGCCAUUUACCUCAGUUAUGCCACAGUGGAUCUCUUAAAAACUUCAGUGCAACGAACAACCAUUUCACUGGUGAAAUCCCAAGAAGCUUAAGAAAUUGCACUAGCUUAACAAGAGUGCGACUCAACGGAAACCAACUUGCUGCAAAUGUAUCGGAAGCCUUUGGUGUUUACCCACAUCUCACAUACAUGGAUGUCAGCGACAACAUGUUGUUUGGUGAACUCUCAUCGAACUGGGGAGAAAGCCAAAACUUGACAAACCUACGAUUCUCCGGGAACAUGAUCACCGGUAGAAUUCCUCCGGAGAUUGGGCAGUUGACGCAGCUAGGAGUGCUUGGUCUUUCUUCCAACCAUCUAGUAGGACAGAUUCCAAAGGAAUUUGGGAGGUUGACUUCUUUGUUCAACUUGACUCUAAAUGAUAACCAGCUUUCUGGUCAGGUACCACAAGAGAUUGGAAACCUAUCCAAUUUGGAGGUUCUUGACUUGUCGAUGAAUCACCUAAGUGGUCCAAUACCACCUCAUUUAGGGGAUUGCUCCAAACUCCUAUAUCUGAAAUUGAGCAAAAAUUUUUUGAAUGGAAGCAUUCCUUUUCAGAUUGGUAACAUGGUAUACCUACAGAUCUUACUAGAUCUAAGUCACAACUCCCUGAGUGGAGAGAUAUCACCACAACUUGGGCGGUUGAUUAGGCUCGAAAAGUUUAACCUCUCCCACAACAUGCUGUCAGGCUCCAUUCCGCCAUCUUUUGAAGGCAUGUUGAGCUUGCAAUCCAUUGAUUUUUCGUACAAUGCUUUGAAAGGUCCUCUUCCCAACAGCAAAGCCUUUCAGAAGGCUCCUACAGAGGCAUUCAUAAAAAAUAAAGGCUUAUGUGGUGAAGUGCAAAGUUUGCGACCUUGCAAUACCUCUCCAGUAAGUCGUGGCGAUGGGAGGAAAGGCCAAAGAGUUGUCAUCCUCAUUGUUGUUCCUCUCUUGGUAGCCUUGUUUCUUUUAUCUGUAAUCAUCGGUAUUUCUUCCAUUUAUUACCGAAGAAGAAAAAAUAUAGAAACAAGGAUUCUUGAAAGGAGCAGAAGAAAUCCAUUUUCAAUAUGGAAUUAUGAUGGGAUUGCCGUGUUUGAAGACAUCGUAGAAGCAACAGAGGGUUUUGAUGACAAAUAUUGCAUUGGAACUGGAGGGUACGGGAAAGUUUACAAAGCAAAUCUACCAACGGGCCAGGUAGUAGCUGUGAAGAAACUUCACCCACUCGAAGGUGGGGAUCAAUCUGAUCAAAGAAGUUUUAGAAAUGAGAUAACGGCAUUAACAGAUAUUCGUCAUCGCAACAUUGUGAAGCUUUAUGGCUUCUGUUCCAAUGCUCGAUGCUCAUUUCUAGUUUAUGAGUACAUGGAAAGGGGAAGCUUGGCUAGCAUCCUAAGCAACAACGAAGGAGCUGCACAAUUGAACUGGACUGUAAGGGUGAAGGUUAUUAAAGGUGUGGCCCAUGCUUUAUCUUAUAUGCACCAUGAUUGUACCCUGCCGAUCGUCCAUCGAGAUCUAUCAAGCAGCAACAUUCUAUUGAAUUCAAAACUUGAAGCUAGUGUCUCUGACUUUGGCACUGCACGAUUGCUGAUACCCGAUUCAUCCAAUUGGACUACACUUGCAGGCACCUACGGAUACAUUGCUCCAGAGCUUGCAUAUACAAUGAGGGUGACUGAAAAAUGUGACGUAUAUAGCUUUGGUGUUGUAGCACUUGAAGUGACUAUGGGAAGGCAUCCUGGAGAGCUCAUCUCUUCUUUAUCAUCACCAAGUAGUCAAGAUACACUGCUAAAGGAUAUUUUGGACCAACGUCUCUUGAAUCCGAUGGCUGAGGUUGCACAGGAAGUUGCAUUUGUUGUGUCCAUUGCACUUGCAUGCAUUCAGUCAGAUCCAGACUCUCGACCAACCAUGCAAAACGUGGCUCAGGAGCUAUCUGCUGGUGGGCCUUAUUUCUCUCUAGAGCCAUUCCAUGCACUUACAUUAUGUCAACUGAUGGAUCACAAAGUAUGAUUGGGUGGAUGAAAAUCAUCAAGGUUGUGGGCAUAUGGUGGAAAGAACUUCAUUACCAUGUAUAUAAAAGUCAUCAAGCAUAGAUAGUGUUUUUCUUGAUAUGAUAUGUAUACAGUUUCAGUGUGUGGAAUCGACAUUUAUCUAGAAUAUAGACUUCUAGGAUUGUUGAUCAAAAUCCAAAUGUAAUAAAAGAAGUAAGUUGAAAGAAUAAAAAUGUUUUCUUGUGU